AUGUUUCCAACAAAGACAUUAAAAAAUUCACAAUGUCAUCAAGAAUAUCAUCAAGAAUGUCAUCAAGAAUAUCAUCAAGAAUGUCAUCAAGAAUAUCAUCAAGAAUGUCAUCAAGAAUAUCAUCAAGAAUGUCAUCAAGAAUGGCAUCAAGAAUGUCAUCAAGAAUAUCAUCAAGAAUGUCAUCAAGAAUGUCAUCAAGAAUAUCAUCAAGAAUGUCAUCAAGAAUAUCAUCAAGAAUGGCAUCAAGAAUGUCAUCAAGAAUGUCAUCAAGAAUAUCAUCAAGAAUGUCAUCAAGAAUAUCAUCAAGAAUGUCAUCAAGAAUAUCAUCAAGAAUAUCAUCAAGAAUGUCAUCAAGAAUAUCAUCAAGAAUGUCAUCAAGAAUAUCAUCAAGAAUGUCAUCAAGAAUAUCAUCAAGAAUGUCAUCAAGAAUAUCAUCAAGAAUGUCAUCAAGAAUAUCAUCAAGAAUAUCAUCAAGAAUGUCAUCAAGAAUAUCAUCAAGAAUGUCAUCAAGAAUAUCAUCAAGAAUGUCAUCAAGAAUAUCAUCAAGAAUGUCAUCAAGAAUAUCAUCAAGAAUGUCAUCAAGAAUAUCAUCAAGAAUGUCAUCAAGAAUAUCAUCAAGAAUGUCAUCAAGAAUAUCAUCAAGAAUAUCAUCAAGAAUGUCAUCAAGAAUAUCAUCAAGAAUAUCAUCAAGAAUGUCAUCAAGAAUAUCAUCAAGAAUGUCAUCAAGAAUAUCAUCAAGAAUGUCAUCAAGAAUAUCAUCAAGAAUAUCAUCAAGAAUAUCAUCAAAAAUGUCAUCAAGAAUAUCAUCAAGAAUGUCAUCAAGAAUAUCAUCAAAAAUGUCAUCAAGAAUAUCAUCAAGAAUAUCAUCAAUAA